AUGAAAGAGUACUUGCUGCCAUGGAUUGUCAUCACUAUAACAUUACUGGAAGCUGUAAGCGCAAGCGACAAGCGGCCACGGUUUGUCACAGAGCCGCCCGCGCGAGUACUGUGGCCGGCGACGCGCGGCGCACACGCUCUGUGCCGGGCGACAGGUCAUCCACCCCCGGACAUACACUGGGUCACAGCUGAAGGGCAGCUACUCACUACUAUACCAGGAUUGAGGCAUGUCUUAAGUGAUGGAAGAUUAGUGGUGGGAGCAAGACGGUCGUUGAUCGAUGCGGGGAGCGGCGCGGGCGCCAUGUUGCGGUGUCGGGCAUCAAACAGGGCAGGCACUGUGCUAUCCAGACCAGUAAUGCUGCAACCAGUGGAAGACAACGUUUUAUCCCAUACUGCUCGUCAGCUGAUACCGGCAAAGAUUGGUGGUGCUGUGGUACUGAGGUGUGAACUGUCUCCACAAGUUGGUUUAGUGGACAUUACGUGGCUGCAAGAUGGCCUGCCUUUGUCUUCAGGAUAUUUGAGUGGUGAACCUCGUUGGGUAUCUGGAGCUAGUGGCCUUCUACUUGGUCUAGACCUGACUCAGGCGGACAUUCAGGCAGAAUAUUCAUGCGUGGCUCUCGACACUCCCAGCCCGCCUUUGAAGCUCACUACCGACGACAGUAGCUGGUUGGAAAAUAUAGAAUUAAAUUCUGUGGAGGCUCGCGCUGGAGAUACAAUUGUGCUUCCGUGUAUAUUACGACAUUUUAGCGGCCAUGCUGUAAGUUGGCAGCGGCAGGAAGCUUCGGGGACAUGGGCAGCAGUAUCAGCGGAAGGCACAGUGCGUGGUGGAUCCCUUGUUAUAUCAUCAGCUCGAGCUCAUCAUGCUGCAAGAUACGCCUGUUCUUCCAACCCAGAGUCACCAACCAGAGUUCUUGUUAAACUGGUCGUGUACGAACCUCUGUCCGUUAGCGUAACACCGAACCCAUUGAUGGUAGGUACAGGUGGUUCUGGUCAUCUCAACUGCUCAGUAACGGGAGGUCGUGGUGGAGGGGUCACGUUAAGUUGGCAACAUGAAGGCAGGCCAUUACACGCUCCUCAGUCCCGCCUCAGUCUUGGUCCAGUUCGCCCACAUCACGCUGGUCUCUACCAGUGUACCGCACACGACCAUUCUGAUUCCGCUGUCUCUGGUGCCGAGUUAGUUAUUGCUGACAGGCCACCACGGUUAGUAUCAACGUUCAGUGGAGCGGUGACUAGGAUCGGACAGAGUAUAGUCAUUAGAUGCGCAGCCACUGGCGUGCCUUCUCCCCGUAUACUCUGGACUUUAGAUGACAGACCACUGCCAGCUGCUCCCGACAAAUAUAGUGUUAAUACAAGGGCAGAGGCAAUGCCUGGGAGUGAGGAAGGGACUAUAGUGUCCACUUUGAGUGUAACUAUUAGGACUGCGGACGAAGGAGGUAGAUACGGCUGUAAUGCUACCAACUCGCAAGGAUCUCAUGCUCAUCAAGCAAGACUGAAUGUUUAUGGUCCUCCAAAUAUCAGAUAUUUACCAGCGCUACAUGUAAAGACUGGCACAGAUGUGACAAUAUACUGUCCGUAUUCUGGAUACCCCAUCAAAGAAGUGGUAUGGAAAAGAGAAGAUGGGUCCGUUGUAGAAAGUAUAUUAGAAUCAAAUGAUGAACGUGGGGUACUAAGACUAAACUCGGUCCGAAGUACGGCAGCAGGAACGUACACUUGCGAAGUCAGAGCAGAAAGUGGAGAGCUUGCUCGAAGAACUGUACGGCUAGAUGUCCAUAAGCCACCGAAAAUAGCACCGUUUCAAUUUCCCGAGGAACUCGAAGUGGGCGGUAGUACGCAGGCUACAUGUAGCUUGAUAUCGGGAGAUAAGCCGAUACAGUUCACCUGGCACAAGGAUAAUUUGCCAAUCCCUUCAAUGCUAAAGGUGGAACAAAAGAACAUGGAUUUUUUCUCUCUUCUCAUUAUACAAGAUCUGACUUCGGCUCACAGUGGCGAGUACACUUGCAGAGCUACUAAUGAUUUCGGUGCAGUUAGCCAUAGCGCCUCACUGAUUGUCAAAGAAUCGCCAACAUGGGUGUGGCGAGCACAGAACACAUCGGUGUCGGCGGGAGCGGCCCUGCUUCUACCAUGCUCGGCUAAAGGACAACCUACACCUAGAAUCUCUUGGGAAUAUUCUACAGACGGUGACAACUGGCGUCAUGUCCUAUGGGGCCAAUCAGAAGCGACUGAUACUAGUGGGGGCUCGAUACUGAUAGACGGCACGGUGUGGCUGAGAGCUGCCAGCCCUGAGCACGAGGGCUGGUACCGCUGUACAGCGCGCGUCCAGCACUCGUUCUUACAUCAUUCGUUUUAUUUGGAUGUUAGAGAACCUCCAAGGUUAAGCCGAAGCGGCAGUGGUGAGACGCGAUGGGUAGUGCGAGGAACCACUGCAAGACUCUCUUGCACUGUCAGAGGGGAGCCUGAAAUCCACGUACAUUGGACGCAUGACUCCAGACCCUUGUCUUUACAUGGCUCCGGUGGUGUGGAAAAUAGAGAGACUAGUGGUGGUGCAAUGACGUCAGAGGUGACAAUACCUCACGCGGGACCUGAACACGCCGGAGAGUAUCGAUGUUUAGCGCGCAACCUCUACGGAAGCGACGAACUAGUGUACCGGCUGUUUGUCAAAGAACGCCCCAGUGUGCCUGAAGAAGUUCGGGUUUCUGAGGUGUGGUCCCGAAAAGCGCGUGUGACGUGGCGUGUCGCACGAGGCGCACUCGUGUCGCACUACUCGCUGCAAUAUCGCGCGUUGACGCGCGACUUAUCGCACGCGCCGCUCGAUGCACCGAUGCCAGCUCUCCUUGACAACUGGGAUACACAGGAUGUUCUCAAUAUUACAUUGGCGAAUUCUGAUCUGCUGCAUGUUGCGUCUGAAGGGCCGGGACGUGCAGGCGCGUCGGUAGCGGGUUUGUCUCCCGACACGCGCUACGCCAUGCGGAUGGCUGCCUUCAACGAUGUCGGCGCCUCGCCAUAUACUGCUCCGUUACACUUCACGACAAGGGAGGAAGCACCGGGUGGAGCUCCUCGCGACAUUACCGUGCGGGCACUUAGGGCGCGCGAACUUCACAUUACUUGGCAGCCACCACCAAGAGAAACAUGGCACGGUACCCUGCUUGGGUAUACCAUUCGAUGGUGGGAAGUGUCAGAAGAGGGUAAGGGCACAUUGAGCGACAGUCCAGGGUCUGAGUCGGGAGCCAGCGCUGAUGCUACCAGCACCACGCUGCGAGGGUUGAAGGCUGCUACAAGAUAUGGAAUCACCGUGAGGGCAUACAACGCGGCUGGUACGGGACCAUUGUCUCCACCACAUUAUCGACACACUUUGGAGUCACCACCAACUGGCAGUCCAGAAGGAGUUACCUGCAUAUCGAGUGGAUCCACGUCACUGCGAGUGUCAUGGCGGCCGCCGGGCGUCGACAACAGAGGCGGACUCAUAACUCACUAUACUUUACAAUACACGCGACGGGACGCCGAUCCAAUGCUACCCACACAAGACGCGUAUCUUAGGAUACAGGUCGGCAAACGAGCAGACGGAUUACCUGAUGUUAAGCAAUCAGCGCCGCCCAUAGACACUCGCAACGGAGGAGUUACGAUUUCAAGAUUGACGCCGUACGCUGAAUACGAAAUCCGAGUGAGAGCACACAAUGCUGCAGGGGAUGGCCCUCUGUCCGCCCCACAAGUAUGUAGGACUGAUGAAGAUGUGCCCAGUGCACCUGGAGGCCUGAAAUUGAUAGCUCUGGGUGAACGGUCACUGAGGGCCUCCUGGCUGCCUCCGCCUGAACCCAACGGUAAACUCACUCAUUACACGCUGUACAUCAAGGACUUAUCAGGAGUAGUUGAAUGGUUCAACGUAGUGAUAGUACGGGAACGUAGCGUUAAUGAGAUUACACGGCAGGACGACCUCUCUGAGAUGAGUGACAAAGCGAAAGGGAUAUUGCAGCGAGCUAGGUCACAAGAACCCAACGUGACCCGCGUGAACGCGUGCAUGGAAGUUGAGGGAACAACUACCGAGUGUAUGCGUACAAUGCGUGGUCUCCGUGCAGGGCGUACUUAUGAAGCGUGGGUCCGUGCCGCCACUGCCGCUGGGGAAGGCCCGCCGUCACCUGCCGUGGCUUGCCAGACCAGUUCUUUGGCACCAGGUCGAAUUUCGUCAUUCGGUGGCGUGGCCUUGGGUGCCGCGGGCGGGUCUUUGUCUCUUCGAUGUGUGGUGGGUGGUGCACCGCCUCCAGCCAAACGAUGGCUACGAGCUGGUGCACCACUACAUCCACGACCGCCCUUCCAUCUCGAUGGAGACGCACUCCUUAUACGAGGCUUAGAGUUGUCUCACGCCGACAAUUACACAUGUGUGGCUGAGAAUCCACAUGGAUCCGACUCGGCUACAUGGAGAGUGAUAGUACUCAGACCACCAGCACCGCCAGGGCUAGCCUUACUCGAAGCACGGUCCAGAGAGUUGGAGCUCGAACUUCGACCAGCGCCGAGAGCACCGGGACAUGCUAUACCUAAAACUUACAGUUUACAUUGGAGGUUAGCAACACCAGAGGGCGAAUGGCGGAUUCAAUUAGCCACUCCUGGCCCAGUGACGUUAUCUGGACUUCGUUGUGGUUCCGCGUACAGAGCUUAUGGUUCCGCUGGGGGUGCUCCAGGAUCAGAAUUGGCUGUUAGGACUUCUGGUGGACCACCAACUGCUCCUCCAGAUGCAAGGUGGAUAAGAGCUAAUGCCACCCAUGCGAGGUUUGAUACCAGUGCGUGGGGUGAUGGUGGAUGUGGUCCUGUAGCUUUAAAGCUGGAAUGGGCAGGAUCUGGAGUAGCGGGUGCAAGAGAUGUGCCUGUUGGAGGGGAAGUUAUAUUAGGAGGUUUAUCGCCGGGCUCUCGAUACCGAGUGGCGGCGCGUGCGUCAAACGAAGCAGGUUGGACGCGCGAAGUAUUUGAAUUCGCGACGCAAGCGGCGGACGGCCAUCUUGCGGAAGAAGUUGACGCGCCAUUCCCGGCCACAGCUGGGGAACUGGCUCUAUUACUUGCAUUAUGUGCUGCGUUAUCACUGGCCGCACUUACUAUACUAGCCAUAUUAUUGAGGAGGAAAAGGACUGAGGGGGCGGUAGCUCGAGUGUCGACAAAUGCUGAGAAGCCUGCUUGUGGCACUUACAGAGCACCUCAACAUCAAGCCACCAAAUUACCACCAGAUCCGCCAGAUGUGUAUGAAAUAAGUCCAUACGCGACGUUUGCGGGCGGCGCGGGCGCGGUGUCGGGGAGCGGCGCGCGCGCAUACACGCUGCAGCUGCGGGCGCUCGCGCGACACGACGACGACGCCGCGCCGCCACAACACCCAGCCUGCUGCGACGGUUGCUCACAAGAUUCAGGAAGUUGA